CCACUUCCAGUGUCGGCGGCGUUGGCUUCUACCGACAGAAUCCAACAUGGAGUAACCAGAGAUGGGGCUCGUACGGGGCCAUCCUCACCGACAUCAACGCACGAUUUCAAUUACCGUAUUUCAGCAUGGGGCGCGACGGGAUUAAAUCGGUGGAGGUAUUCCAAAGGGAUUUACACUCUCGUGGAUGCACUCGAAUAAUUGUAGUGAAGCGCUGAGAGACGAAGAAGAGAAGCAAGAAAUAACGCAAACAAACAGAAAAAACACUCGGAAAACUAGGCUGCUACUGCUACGGGUGUGUGAUCGAGGUGUUGGACGAGAAGGGCAAGACAAAAUGAAGACACCACACAAUGUACCCUCGGGUGGGAUAUUAUUGUAGGUGAAACGAAAAAAAAUGACCGAGGAAACACACCCAGACGAUGACAGCUACAUUGUGCGUGUCAAAGCGGUGGUCAUGACCCGGGACGACUCGAGUGGCGGUUGGCUGGCCCAGGACGGUGGGUGCCUCAGCCGUGUGGGCGUGUGCAAGGUGCUGUCGGCCGAGCUGCUGGGCCGAAGCAGCUUCCUCAUCCACGGCGAGCGCCUCAAAGACAAACAGGUGAUUCUGGAAUGCUUCCUGAAGAAGGAUCUGGUGUACACCAAGGCCACGCCCACAUUUCACCACUGGAAAGUGGACAACAAGAAGUGUGGCUUGACGUUCCAGAGCCCGGCCGACGCACGUGCCUUCGACCGUGGGGUCAGGAAAGCCAUGGAGGAUCUGACGGAAGGAUCUACCACCUCUUCUUCGACCAUCCAGAACGAGGCAGAGUUGGGUGACGACGAUGUUUUCACUAAUGCCACCGACAGCUCGUCCAACUCCUCCCACUCCCAGAAGAAGGAGCCCCUGCAGCUGCAGACCCUGGCCCCGCCCAGCUUCUGCGAGCCGCGCCGCCAUCACUGCAUCCUGGGCCACUUCUACGACCAGCACCGACCCUCGGACCACUACUUCCUGGAUCAGGUGGGUGGCUGGGGGACGACAGUGGCGAAGUCGGUUCCCAUGUUCCCACGCCACGUCAGCUUCCAGGUGGAGGAGGAGGAGAUCGUGCGCAUCAACCCUCGCGAGCGGACCUGGCUGACUGGGUACGAGGACUACCGGCACGCCACCGCCACGCGCGACAAGCUCACCCAGCACCCCGAGGACGCCUACGUGCACUUCGCCAAGAGCGAGCCGCCUAAGCACGACUACACCUACCCUUACCCCCUGGGCCUUGAUCCCCACCAGCAUGCAAGGGACCCCAAGAUAGGCUGCGUGGACCGACUAGGUGGGGGUGGACUUAUUGGGGGACACAGGGCGGUGGUCACAGCCCAGCCCCGCACUCUCCAGCUCAAGGGCAAGCGGCGGAAGGAGGACGGCGAGCGCUCGCGCUGCGUCUACUGCCGGGACAUGUUCAACCACGAGGAGAACAGGCGCGGGCGGUGCCAGGAGGCGCCGGACCCAAUCCAGACGUGCAUCCACCGGGUCAGCUUCAUGUGGUGCGCGGACAGCCUGCUCUACCACUGCAUGUCAGACCCGGAGGGCGACUACUCGGACCCGUGCUCGUGCGACACCAGCGAUGAGCGCUUCUGCCUACGCUGGCUGGCCCUGGUUGGGCUGUCACUGCUGGCCCCCUGCAUGUGCUGCUAUGCCCCCCUGCGCGCCUGCUACCGCUGCGGGGUGGCCUGCCACUGCUGCGGGGGCAAGCACAAAGCUGUGGGCUGAGUGCCAGGAGGGAGAGUAGAACAGAGACCCAUGGAAGGGACUGGACCGGAAGAGUGUGGCCCCGCUAUUCUUUUGUUUUGUGUUUUUGUUUUCGCUGUUGUGUCUCUCGGCCAAAUUCCAGAUGGCAAAGCAAUUGGCUUGUCCCGAUUCUUUUCGAUUUGGAAAUUUCUCUCGGUGGAAAGAAAGAAAAAACACGUUUUUUUUAUAGGGGUACCCUGCCUACGGCUUCCACGUCCUUGCAUUACAAAGACUAAAACAAUGAAUAUUCAUAUAUAAAUAUUAUAUAAACAGGUACUUUAUAUUUUUACACUCAUGUUUUAAAGGCUUGAAUAUUUUUACCAGUGUUUUGUGUGAGGUCAGUGUGAGCGUUGUUUUCUGAGGGGGGGCUCUCACUUUGUUCCCCUCGCAUGGCUCACCACCAAUCACAGAUCAAGCUGGUUCCCGCCUGUAAAGCAGAGGCACUUAAGUCAAGGGUGUGUCCUUAAUGGUACCGUAUUGCUUAUAAAGUGCACUACAUAGCCCAAUGGGCCCUUGUCUAAUGUAGUGCAAUAUAUAGGUAAGAGAGUGCCAUGUGGGAUGCAGCCCAACUGUGAUCAUGUCUGCCCCUCCCAGCCAAUGAAACAAAAGAAAAGGCAAACGUUUAACCAGUGUUUCCUCAUUCUGCACCUUGACUACUCCUGACCUAGCCUGUUCCCAGAUCAAUUAGACCUACUCCUGACCUAGCCUGUUCCCAGAUCAAUUAGACCUACUCCUGACCUAGCCUGUUCCCAGAUCAAUUAGACCUGGGGCCAGGCUACCCCUGGCUAUACAGAGUUUUUAUAACCAAAUUAAACCUAAUAUCAAUGAAUGUCAGUGGAGACACACUUGGAAAAAACCUGAAAGUACCAUUCUACUGCUUGGUCAAAUUAGACUGACUGUAUUGUGGAUUCGACCCAGAACCAAAUCUAAAAUGGGUCAGGGGAACUUGAGUAUUGGAUGGGGAAACUCUGCUUUAGACACUUAAUCUGUAGGGUUGUGUGUGUCUGUGUGACUUCCUAUGUGCAAAAGUCUGGAAAAUGGAAUGGACAACAAUGUAUCCCUGAUUGCUAUUGUUGUGACUUCAACUAAAAGCCAAAAUGACAAAAUAAGCUGCAGCAUUUAUAUAGAGUAUCUACAUUUUUCUUUGUUUCUUUUUUUAAAGAUAAUAAUCCUCAAUCAACUGUUUAUUACAGUGGAGGAGAACUCAAGCCUUAGGUAACUUUUUAUUCAGUUGAUGUUUGAUGAUAAUCUUUUGAUAUAGUUAUUUAUUUGCCUUGCUAAAUUUAGACACCAGCCUAGGGGGUUAUAAGAGGAAGGGAACAGUCCCAUUUGUAAACUAAACACAGCCAAGAGGGGAAGAGGAUAGAUUUUUGUCACCUUUUGAGAUGGAGGAUGACCUUGUCCACACUACAGUGUCAUUGGUGCUUUCUUAUGCGUGUCUUUUUCCUUUUGUCUUUCAAAAGGAUACUCAACGAGGCUAACUGUCAGGGAAUCGCUAUCUAUAGAGUUUUGCUAAACUUUAGCUCGAGAGAAAGACACACCGCUUUGAUCUGGUUGUUCAUCGGUCUCCACAAGGGUAUAAGAUAGUGGGUUCUCCAACAAAGGGACGUGCUGGCACACCCGAUUCAACUAAUCACCUAAUCGUGUUCUUCAGUCUAUACCACGAUUAGCUGAUACAGGUGCGUUACUGCAGGGCUGGAACGAAAGGCUGCACACCCAGUAGCUCUCCCAAGACCAGAGUUGGAGAAGUGUUGAAUCUAUUCUUCUGUAGUCCAAUAACUCCCUCUCCCUGGUCUUUUACUCAGUAUUACAUUACAGCGUAGCCUAGUGGUUAGAGCAUUGGACUAGUAACCGGAAGGUUGCGAGUUCAAACCCCCGAGCUGACAAGGUACAAAUCUGUCGUUCUGCCCCUGAACAGGCAGUUAACCCACUGUUCCCAGGCCGUCAUUGAAAAUAAGAAUGUGUUCUUAACUGACUUGCCUGGUUAAAUAAAGGUAAAAUAAAAAAAAUAAAAAAAUUACAUUACAGCCAAGGGCAAGGGAGGAGGCUGUCAGCCAAUCGCAUCAGUCAAGAUGGUGUCAAAAUAUAUACACAAAUAAAAUGGACGCUACAGCAUGAAUAUACAUCAACAUAUGUACAGUUGAAGUCGGAAGUUUACAUACACUUAUGUUGGCGUCAUUAAAACUCGUUUUUCAACCACUCCACUAAUUUCUUGUUAACAACUAUAAUUUUGGCAAGUCGGUUAAGGAUCUACUUUGUGCAUGACAAGUAAUUUCCCAACAAUUGUUUACAGACAGAUUAUUUCACUUAUAGUUCACUGUAUCACAAUUCCAGUGGGUCAGAAGUUGAACAGCUUGGAAAAUACCAGAAAAUUAUGUCAUGGCUUUAGAAGCUUCUGAUAGGCUAAUUGAUAUUUGAGUCAAUUGGAGGUGUACCUGUGGAUGUAUUUCAAGGCCUACCUUCAAACUCAGUGCCUCUUUGCUUGACAUCAUGGGAAAAUCAAAAGAAAUCAGCCAAAAUUAUUGUAGACCUCCACAAGUCUGGUUCAUCCUUGGGAGCAAUUUCCAAAUGCCUGAAGGUACAAUAUUCAUCUGUACAAACAAUACGCAAAUAUAAACACCAUGGGACCACACAGCCGUCAUUCCGCUCAGGAAGGAGAUGCGUUCUGUCUCCUAGAGAUGAACGUACUUUGGUGCGAAAAGUGCAAAUCGACCUCAAAACAACAGCAAAGGACCUUGUGAAGAUGCUGGAGGAAACGGGUACAAAAGUAUCUAUAUCCACAGCAGAACUAGUCCUAUAUCGACAUAACCUGAAAGGCCGCUCAGCAAGGAAGAAGCCACUACUCCAAAACCGCCAUAAAAAUGCCAGACUACAGUUUGCAACUGCACAUGGGGACAAGGAUCGUGCUUUUUGGAGAAAUGUCCUCUGGUCUGAUGAAACAAAAAUAGUACUGUUUGGCUAUAAUGACCAUCGUUAUGUUUGGAGGAAAACGGGGGAGGCUUGCAAGCCGAAGAACACCAUCCCAACCGUGAAGCACGGAGGUGGCAGCAUCAUGUUGUGGCGGUGCUUUGCUGCAGGACGGACUGGUGCACUUCACAAAAUAGAUGGCAUCAUGCGGGAUGGAAUAUUGUGGAUAUAUCGAAGCAACAUCUCAAGACAUCAGUCAGGAAGUUAAAGCUUGGUCGUAAAUGGGUCUUCCAUAUGGACAAUGACCCCAAGCAUACUUCCAAAGUUAUGGAAAAAUGGCUUUAGUUUGGGAAAAUGACUUGUGUCAUGCACAAAGUAGAUGUUCUUAACCAGCUUGCCAAAACUAUAGUUUGUUAACAAGAAAUUUGUGGAGUGGUUGAAACACUAAGGUUGGAGUCAUUAAAACUCGUUUAUGUUAACUUCCGACUUCACCUGUAUAUAAGUAUGUAUUGAAACAACAAAAACUAGCCUCGCAUUUAAAACCACCCUGUAAACUCACCUCGUGGGAGGAACAUUGUUUGAUUUUUUUCCCUGUAGGAAGCACAACACUAAUCAGAAAAAACCUUAUGAACAAUAUGCGCAAAUUCCUGUGAAGUACCCGGUCUCGAGUCGUAUCAACGUGGCAGAAAAUACAUCUUAUGCGAUCGAUCGCAAUCAUACAUUAACUAAUCGAGUUCCGAGCCAUGUCUGGAGUUAAAUGGGUGAUGGCAUCAUGGCGUUGCGGGUUCUGUACAAAAGCUGUCGUUGUGUCAGUCUCUCUUUACCCUCUCUCUCUCUCUCUCUCUGCCUUUCUUCCUUCCCUUUUUCUGCUGUGUGUCCCUGUUUGUCAGCUUUGCAAUACUGUUGCCAUUCAUUGUAGAGAAGAUCCCAGUUUUAUUUUUCUAUCUGUGGUAAAAGAAAAGUUAACCAAAAGCAGUUUGUCUGUUUUGGUGCAGUGUCUAAUUCCUGCACACAUUUAACUAUUAAAGGAAAGUGCCUGAAGCAUCCUCUUCAUCUAUCUCAUGUAUACUUAGUAAAAAAAAAAAAAUUAUGUUUAAAGAAACAGUUAAAUCGAUUGUUUUCUGUUUUUUUUUGUUUUUUUUACAAUCUAAGUUUUUACCUCUGUAAAAAAAAAAAAGCUAAAAUAUAUAUAUAUAUAUAUAUAUAUAUAUCUAUCAAGUGUAUGAUGUACAUUUUAAGUUCUAUUUUUGUAUUGUUUCCAAUAUGAUCAUCACGACUCUUUGCUUUUAAAAAGAAAAAUUAACAUCUGUAUAAAUGCCAAUACAUCAUAUGGAAACUAACAGAAGCAUGGCCUGGAUAGUAAGUAUUUUUCCAUGUGUGUGUGUGUGUGUUCAUUUCCACUGUGUUUUACAGAGAUGUGGUUUUGAGAGGUUUAACCAUGUUACAGUGGCAUCUCAUACAGCCUGUACAUUUUAUCCCAUAUACAUUAGUUUGUAGCCCAGCACUUCCCUGUGUUGCAUCUUUCAGGAGCAUUGCUGAGGGGGGCUGCUGAUCGACCUCAUGCUACUCGGCACGGUCCCAUCCUGCUGCAACACGGUAAUCCAUAAUGGGCCAGGGCAUGGCCUGAGGGGGUGUGUGAGCGUUUGUUUGAGUACACGCAUGUUCUCGAUUAAAACACACAUCUCUAUCGUA